AUCAUGGCAGAUGCGACAACAAAGAAGACCAGGAGGGUUCGGUCGGCCGAGGCGAAGAAGAGGAAAAGGGACUUGGACCGAGUGAGAGACCGGACGAGAAUCAACAUCGGACACGCUUUUAAGGGUUGGCGAAAGCUACGGGAAGGUAUUGGAUGCAAGACAGACGAGGAACUGGCCUUCGUGCUGCUGGAUUCGUAUCAGAAGGUGACUACAAGAACAUCUAGGGAAUUUCCCUUGCCGACCAUAAACGAGGAGUCAAAUGGCUAUGUUUGUGAACUCCAGGUGUCCUUUCUGCAGGGGAGUCUCCCAUCUGACAUUCCCGAGCCAUUAGCAGUGUCUGCAGACUCAACACUACCCCAGCCUCAGUCAGAGGAAGUCAUAAAAUCAGAACCGCAGGAUGAACACAACAUUGAUGAGCAGCUUCCAGAACAAAACCAUCAGUUGAGCGGACCUGAUGACGACUCAGAAUUUCACACCAGUAGGUGUCUAUUCCCUUCAAACUGGACGUUAGCUGAAGAGAUGAGUGCCUUGAAAGAAUCACAAGUGACGGUUCGCGUAUGUGAGGAGUUAAAAAUGGAGCCUCCUCUCAAGGAUAGACGGGGGGAACGCCACAACAGUCACGAGGAGCCUUACGCUUGUCCUCAAUGUGGCAAGAUGUCAGAAAACAAAGACUCCUUAAAAACCCACAAGUGCUCUGAAGAAAAAGACUCUGAUGCUGUGUCGCCUGCUCAUGACAUCACAGAGCCGCAGGACAACAAUCCAGACUGCAUACCAGACUUGUGUGUUUGGGAUCACAAGAGGCUUAAAAUAUCGUCAGAGCAAUGUCGCUCACAGAACAGCAAGGAAGAGAAUCUCUCAUCUGACACUCCAGAACCAUUAUCAACAUUUGGAGACCCCCUGUUACUUUCUAAGGAAACGAAGUUAAAACCUGGUGAUGAGUGUCUUCAGAAUUCGUUCAAGAUGGAGCCGCCCAAGUCAAACCAGCAGAGGCACGGACCCAAGAAGAUCUUCGACUGUCCGACCUGUGAGAGAUUAUUCCCAUGUAAUGCCGCGCUGAAGCGCCAUGUUGUCAUCCACACAGGGAAAAAACCUUUCAAGUGCUUCAUAUGCGGAAGAGGCUUCACGCAACGUGGAAACCUCAAUACGCACAUGAAGACUAUUCACAAAGGAGAGUCACACUGGACGUUAGUGGAGGACAAGAGUCCUACUGAAGAAUCGUCAGUGUCAGUUCACGUGUGCGGAGAGUGUGGAAUGGACUUUUCUCUGAAAGAUCAACUGGAGGAACACCGCGACAUUCACAAGAAGCCUUACGCUUGUCCCGACUGCAGCAAGUCGUUCAAAAACAAAGACUCUUUAAAAAUCCACAGCCGCUUUCACACCGGCUAUUCGCCGUUUGCUUGCGUCGAGUGCGGCAAGACUUUCAUCACGUCGUGUGGCCUCAAACAGCACGAGUUGACACACGGCGGCGAAAAAAACUAUCACUGCGAGCAGUGUGGCAAAGCCUUCUUACAGGCCUCCCACCUCAAAGUGCACCUCAAAAUUCACAGCGGGGAACGGCCUCACCUGUGCGCCAUCUGCGGGAAAAACUACGGCAGGGCGGAAACCCUCAAAGUACACAUGAGGGUUCACACAGGAGAGAAACCCUAUGAAUGUGAUAUAUGCGGGAAGUCCUUCUGUUAUUUCCAAGGUUAUCGAGCGCAUAGGAUGAUUCAUGACAAGAAGCCAAAACCACCAACGAAACCUUUGGGGAGACCAAAACAACACAUUGAGAGCCCUGAAGGAACAACUUGGACUGAAGGCAGACAUGGAUGUCGCUUUGCAGCUAACGGCUUCCAUCAUUUUCAAUAUAGUUACGAAAACAGCAGCCGAUUCAUCCACCCACCUCCAUCAUCACUUUCAAGCUCCGGCAAUGGCUCCCAAUCUAAGAGGAAACCAAGUCAAAACCUGGCGAUAAACGUGAAAACAUUUAGAAUGCGUUCGAGAUGGAGGCUCCCAAGGCAGACCAGCAGAGGCGCGGACCCAAGAUCUUCAACUGUCCAACCUGUGGGAGAUUAUUCUCAAGAAACUGUGCCCUCAAGCGCCAUCUUGUUAUCCACACAGGGAAAAUACCUUUCAAGUGCUUCAUAUGCGGAAGAGGAUUCACACAGAGUGGAAACCUCAAAACGCACAUGAAGGUUCACAAAGGAGAGUCAAACUGGAAGUUGGUGACGGAUAAGAGUCCUACUGAAGAAUCGUCAGUGACAGUUCACGUGUGUGGAGAGUAUGGAAUGGACUUCCCUCUGAAAGAUCAACUGGAGGAACACAAAGACAGUCACAAGAAGCCUUACGCUUGUACCGACUGCGGAAAGUCGUUCAAAAACAAAUACUACAUAAAAAUCCACAGCCGUGUUCACACCGGAUAUUCGCCAUCUGCCUGCGCUGAGUGCGGCAAGACUUUUGUUACAUUGUGUGACCUUAAGCAGCACAAGUUGACACACAGAGGCAAAAAGAACUACCACUGCAAGCAGUGUGGCAAGGCCUUUUUUCAGGCCUACCACCUCAAAAUGCACCUCAGAACUCACAGCGGGGACCGGCCUCACCUGUGCGCCAUCUGCGGGAAAAGCUACAGUAGGGUGGGAACCCUCAAAGUGCACCUGAGGGUUCACACCGGAGAGAAACCGUACAUGUGUGACGUAUGCGGUAAGUCCUUUUAUUAUUGCCAAGGUUAUCGAGCGCAUAGGAUGAUUCAUGACAAGAGUCUAAAACCACCAACGAAACCUUUGGGGAGACCAAAAAGACACAUCAUUGGUGAAUAAUCAAUAUCUGUUGAACAUACUGUGAUUACUGAACACAUCAUGCUGCUGAUAUGUGAAUGAUUAUCUUAGUUUUACAUUUUGGCUGUUAGUACAGAAACAUUUUCUGUUUUUUUUUGUUUUUUGUUUUUUUUGGGUACUUUGAGAAGCCUGUCCCCUUUUGUCCAUUCCAACUUUAAAGAACAGUUGUAAUUAUACAUAACUAUAUCGUGACUUUGACAUUCCCAAUAAAAGGAAUGCUUCAUAAAGCCAUAAUGUAUCUUGUCUGAAUUA